AUGGCCGACGGUAGCCGGAUAUUGGGGCACGCGGGUGCAGUCGAGUCAGGAGGUGGCGCAGACGAUGCGCGCUUCCUCGACGACCUGGAAACGAUCGACCCGGAGUUGGCGUUGCGUGGUGUACACCAAAAAACUGGACAAAGGCCCCGCGGAUCUCAGUGUGGACGGGUUGGUGAAAAUCUUCGAGCAUUCCCGCUCGAAGGAGGUGGAUACUCGGACCACCCCGGACCGGGGUACAGCAUCGGUUUGUCGCCCGAGGACGGGACCGCGCGGCGGAUCAUCUCCAGGGUCGGCGGCUUAGAAACCAGCGCCCCCAACAGUGUCCGGGUGUCGUUGCCGACGGAGACGCAGCUCACCGACAGCACCCGGCAGCUGCUCGGCCCUGACAUCGGAGACGCGAUCGCGAAAGUUAUCGUCAAGCAUUGGAAACCGGAUCGAGCUCGGUGGAGCAUCGGCGACUACAUAGAUCUUCAGAAUCGGUCGAAAGGUGAGGUCGAGGUUCGAUCGCAGCGCGCUGCCCCAAUCUGCGGUGGUAGAGGAGUUGUCCACUGGCACGUUGAUUCGGUUGGGGACAAGCCAAUGGAGGUCGCUGCCGCCGACAUCGUGGCGAUGGCACCCCGAACCGACUUGCUUCGCGUGGCUCCUCGACUCGGAUCCAGCGAUUCGGUGGCAGGUGGAGCGCGAUCUGCCGAACGAAGCGCCCACUGUGUGGGCGGCGACGCGCGCGUCGAUCGCUACCAAAGGAUUUGUGGGGCCUCGACGCCGGUGUUCUGCGGGAGCGUCGAACCGCAGAACUGCUCGCGGAAAACCGUCGCUGGGAGUACGAGGGCCGGCCGUACUGGGACGGUGAGGUCGAUUGCUGCAUCAACGCCUGGACGGUGGCAAAACGUGUGGCUCGAUGUUUGCGUUGAUGAACUCAAGCAUUGGUUUGGUGCGGCAUCAACUCCGGAUGGUGGGUGGAACUGCGAGUGGACCGAAGGUUCGACGCGAUCGUCGUUUCAUCUCGACGCUCAAUCACUCAAAGGGCUUCUCGCGUACGAGAUCGCGACCGGGGAACGGAUGAGACGCGCGCGGCUCGGCGAUCCGGUGAGGAGUACUUGUUGCAGCGCGGUCUGUUCCGGCGACUCUCGACCCGCGAACCGGUGGGGCCCUGGGUCGGGCCGGUUUGCGUACCCGUUCCGGUGGCGUUACAACGUGCUCAACGCAGCCGACUACUUCCGCGAAGCGUCGUUGUCGUAUGGAAAUGAGCCUGAUCCGCGAAUGGCGGACGCGAUCGAGAUGAUCCGGGUCGCUCGAGCCUUCGGAUGGGACGUGGCUCCAGGCCGGUCGCCAACCGGGGCGGGUGUGGUUCGAGGUCGACACAAAGGCGGGAGAGCCGUCGAAGUGGCUGACUGUGUCCGGCAUCCGAGUGCUCGCCUGGUGGGAUCAAUCCUCCUUCUAGGUCCGAAUAAUGCUCGGAGGUCGUCGAUGUCGAUGGAAAUGGUGUUAGCCGAAGCAGUGAUAGACAGUGGGGACACGGCGUGGGUGCUGAUCUCCGCUGGCCUGGUUCUCUUCAUGAGUUCCCAGACUCGCCUUCUUCUACGCCGGUCUGCAGAACCUCGUCCCAAUUGGACUCGCCUCGAUUACCUGGGUCGUGUUCGGAUACAGCUUCGCGUUCAGUGGAGACUGGGGUUCCGCUUCCUCGGUGACCUCAAAUUGUUCGGCUUGCAGGACAUACACACUGCCGCCGCCCCGGGCUUCCACCUGAUCGAAGAUGAUGUUCGCGAUCAUCACGCCCGCGCUGAUCACCGGUGCGACCGCAAACCGGCUCAAGCCCCUGGGCUGGGCCGUUCUGCUCGUGCUGUGGUCGAUCAUCGUCUACCCCCGAUCGCGCACUGGCUCUUCAAUCCCGAAGGCUGGUUGAGCCCUGCGGAGCUCAGGACUGGGCCGGCGGAAUUGUCGUCCACGCAUCCGCCGGCGCCGCCGCCCUGGCAAUCUUGCUGGUGGUCGGCAAACGUCCGGGAUGGCCCCAACGCCGAGGCAGUCCCGCACUCGGUGCCUCUGGCGCUGAUCGGCGCAGGCAUCCUGUGGUUCUGGCUGGUUCGGAUUCAACGCAGGCGACGGAUUGGCCGCCGAUGGUGUUGCGGCACAAGCCUUGAUGAACACUCGCGUCGCCGCAGCGGGCGGCAUGGUCAGUCUGGCUCGUCAUCGAAAGGUACUACCGAGGGCAAGGCCACGGCGAUCGGUGGAAUCACCGGCGCGGUAGCCGGUCUCGGGCGACCGUCACCCCUGCGCCGGCUUCCGUCAGCACCUUCUCGCGUUGGCGAUCGGCGCGCUUGCCGGACUGGUCUGCCACUCGUGCUCGCGCUCAAGUCGAUCUUCAAGUUCGACGACGCGCUCGACGUCAUCGCGGUCCACUUCAAUCGGCGGCAUCCUCGGUCUACCUCCUCUCGGUUUGUUCGGCGAAAAGGCGAUCAAUCUCGAUCGGCCGCGACGGACUCUUCUUCGGCGGCGGCGCAGGACUACUCGGCGAGCAGGCGUUGGCGUUGGAUCGUCGUCAUCGCUUUCGUUCGUGGUGACCUGGCUGAUCGCCACGGGUAUCGAGAAGACCAUCGGUCCCAAGCUGGCUCCGAAAGACCAGGUGGACAUCGACCGUCGUCAACAGAGGCAUGGACGCGUACCGCUACAACGCCGCAUUCCGUCGACGCCGGUGGUGCGCCGCAGACCAGCGGGUUCGACCUCGGGGGUCCUGGUCGAGGGCAAAACUUGUUCCGGAACCUCGGCGCCCUGAAGCACGAACUCAUCACGGCGGGCUUGCAGACCAUCGAGUCCGAGAAGCUUCGGGAGGCGCUGCUGGCUGCCGGAGCGGAAUCGAUAGUCGUAUCGGAAGCGCAUGCCUCCGCGAGCGACUCGGCCUCUCAGUUUCGCGGGCAACGCAACGACGUCGUGUUCACGGAGCGGUUGCGUGUCGAGGUGCUGGUCGCCUCGGAACAUGCCCAGGCGGUUCUGGACGCGAUCAACGAGUACUCGGGCGGCAGGAGGAGCGGGAGC